AUGCGUUGGCUCGGUCCGGGAGCUCGGACCAACAAUCCUGUCUUCUUACCAAUUUCCAGGACCUCUCGCUUCAGGUUCGACGCCCCGCCUAACCAUUUCACUAUCCCCAUGGUCAUUGCCGCCUGCGCCAAACUACCUGCUAUCGAAGUCGGUAGAAAUGUUCAUGGGGUUUCUCUAAAGUUGAAUUUGUUUGCGGGUAGUCCGGCGGUCGGCUCAUCUUUUGUGUAUUUGUAUGCGAAAUGUGGUCAAAUGGAUAAUUCCUGCAGGGUGUUUGAGGAAAUGCCUGUGAGAGAUGUUGUUGCUUGGACUGCUCUUAUAAUUGGUUGCGUGCAGAAUGAUGAGAGUGUGAUGGGUUUGAAUUUUCUUCGAGAUAUGCACAGGGAUGCAGAAGAUGGAGAGAUGGAGCUGAAUUCUCGAACGAUGGAAGGCAGUUUACAGGCUUGCGGAAAUUUAGUGGCUUUGUCAGAAGGCAGAUGCUUACAUUGUUAUGUGGUAAAAACUGGAAUUGGGACUUGUCGCUUUGUUCGAUCGUCGCUGUUAUCAAUGUAUUCCAAGGGUGGGAGUGUUGGAAAAGCUUCCCUUGCUUUUAGUGAAUUGCCUAAUAAAGAUCUCAUCUCAUGGGCUGCGAUUGUGGGAGUUCAUGUGAAAAAAGGAUGCAUUGCAGAAUGCUUAGAGUUGUUUCGAACAAUGGAGGUUUCAGGAAUUGAUCCUGAUGGAAUCGUUGUCAGCUGUUUGCUCAUGGGUUUUGCAAAUUUCAGGAGUUUUAGUGAAAGGGCUGAUUGUGAAGAAGAAUUUCAAAUUAGAUGUUUCGGCUAG